AUGAACCGCAAAGAAAGCUCUCACCAUGACUCCGAGUCCUUAUUCAACUCCGGCUUCCUCGCAGAGAUCCACAAACCAAAUGGCUUUCUACACCUGGGACAUGUCAAAGCCAUUGUAAUCAAUUUUGGAUUUGCAGAGUAUCACGGCGGAAUUUGUUAUCUGAGUUACGACGAUACUAGUCAUGCCAGAGAGGAGGGAAAGUAUUUCAUAGCUGUCGCGGAUAUCAUUCAAUGGUUAAGCUUCAGUCCUGCUAAGGUCACUUAUUCGAGUGAUUAUUUUGAUACACUCUAUGAGCUUGCGGAGGACUUGAUUCGUCGUGAUGGGGCUUACGUUUGCUAUUGCUCCAAUAGUAAGACUGGGAUUCACUAUCGUACUGGAGGUAAAUGGAGGAUUUAUCCAACGCACGAUUUAACGCAUUGUUUGAUGGAUAGUUUCGAGGGUAUCACGCAUUCCCUGUGCACGACCGAGUUUCAGACGUCGAGAACUUCGUAUAAUUGGUUAUGUGACAAGCUGGGUGUCCAUAGGCCAAUGCACAGAGAAUUUGGCCGACUCAAUCUUUCCAGAACAGUCCUGUCUAAACGGAAAACUCUGGAGCUGAUAUCCCAUGGACCUGUCCGUGACUGGGAUGACCCUCGUCUCCAUACACUUGGAGUAUCCAAGGCGAUUACGACAAUUGAUGUCAAGCAAUUCGAAGAGUCUGUACGGCAAUAUGUCGAACUCGGUGUACCGCGUUCGAUUGUCGUUCUUGAUCCUGUCACUGCCAUUAUUGAUAAUUUGCCGGAAGAUUGCUUGGAGAUUGUUGAACUACCAUUUUCAAAAGAUCCAGAAUUUGGGACAUCCAGUAAAGAUUUAUUCCGACUUACGCCAGGCACCUCAGUAGGGCCACUCAAGGUCCCCUCCCAAAUCGCCGCGACCAGUUUCGAGAAAGAUCCUACCAGCGGAUCCGUGACAAUAAUACACGCUAGCUAUGAUAAGCCUGAAGAGGGCGCAAAGUUCAAGAAGCCCAUAGCCUACAUCUGCUGGAUCUCAGAUUGCCCAUCGCUGAAAAGCCCCAUCAAAGCUUCCGUUCGCAGUUACAACCCUCUGUUCACCUGCAAUAAGCCAGACACGCAUCCCUCCAGCUUUUUAUCUGUGGUCAAUCCACACUCAGAAGAGACCUUUCCGAAUGCUAUGGUAGAUGUCUGUCUUAACGAGAUCAUCCACGGAGCUCCAUGGCCGAAGACAGAAAGUACGGAAACCCGAGAAGAUUUGGAGGUGACCCCAGAAGUUGUUUGA